AAUUAGCUCUCUGGUUGCAGUAAUUGAAGAGGCGAAACUUUGAAUGCACGUCAUGCAUGGGCAGUGUAGUAGGCCCAUAAAUUUUUCUCUCUUCUUUUCUAAAUUAAACCAAUAUUUUUGCUUUAUUUAUCUGCCUAUAUAUAUAUAUAUAUAUAAGGUCCUCUCAAUGGCCUACACAAAAAUAAGCACAUCGUACGCAUAGUUAUAUCUCUACGUGAUGUUAGAAGGUCCAGACAAAGGAAACAUAAACUGGUUGCUGAAGAAACGAGAGGUCGCUUCGUCUUACUACAUGGAGUCUGAGGAAGCUUCUAGAAAAAGAAAGGGUCAAGACUUUUUAGCAAAUGAUGAGCUUGCCAACAGAUCCGAAGCAAAAAAGUUUAUCGAUACAUCGAUGGAUCAGAAGAGGAGAAGAUUUAGUGAAGUUUCGACAAAUAUUAAUAAUAAUAUCGAAGAAGGAUAUUAUCACCACCACAUGAGUCUUGAUCUUGAACUCAACUUGUCACCAUCUCUCGAUCUAAAUCAUCAUCAUGAUACGUGUACUUACAAUAAAAACUAUGAGGAAGAGGAGAAGAAGAAGAUGAUGGAGAGUGGUUUGGUGUUGGGGCUACGUACACAGAAAAGCAUGUCAAGGGUUGCUUUUGAUCUCGAUGACGAUCGUUGCGACCGUGGUGGUGUUAGCGGAGGAAGCGAGGAGGAGAUGGUUGCGAGGGUGUGCAUAAAGUGCCAUAUUCUAGUGAUGUUGUGUAAAGCGUCACCUGCAUGCCCUAAUUGCAAGUUUAUGCAUUCACCCGAAGACACAUCUCUCUCACUUCUCUUUACUCCUAAGCCUACUUUGUUAGCUUAGUUAUUAUUUUAGUUUCUAAUCCUAUCUAUAUCUAAUCACUAAUUAAUGCUGAGUAUUUAAUGGUUUCAUCGAACAAAUACUUUAUUUGUUGGGAUGUUGUUGGAUCUUUAAUUUGAUUUAUAGUAUAUCAUCAUUAAUGCGAUCCUCCUUGCCUUUUUUUGGUGUUUUUUGUUUUGUUUUGAA